CUCUUUCUCAGCUCGCGCAUAGCUGAACACGCGCUAGACGGAAAAACCACUGUUCCAUCAUCCAUCCAUCCGCCUUUCCAUUGGAGCAGUCGGCCACGUGUAAGUGUCGAGAGAAACAAGGGCAGACAGGCACAUGAUUUGAGAGCUCGCAGCACACCGAUACCAACCAACACUGUCUGCCGACCCGUACACACAUUUACCCAUCCGUCACAACACUCACAGAAUGAGGCAGGGAGAAGGUAGCAAUGACGGACACACAGGCGCAAAAAUGCAUGCCUUGCUUCUAGAUGGUGUGGUGGGAGGGGAGGGUGUGUGCAGCAAGCCAGUAGGGUAGCCCAGCUAGUGGAGCCCUCUCGCCGUCAUGACCUCCAGCAUCUUCUUGCCCAUCUCUGCCGGCGAUCGAACCACCUCCACACCUGCAGACAGACAGACAGACAGACAGAUAGACAGACAGACAGACAUGUACAAUGAGACAUGACCGGUCCGCCGCCGUGUCCGCGUGUCUUCCCUGACCUGCUUCCUCGAGUGCCUUGAUUUUGUCCUCGGCGCCGCCCUUGCCUCCGGAGAUGAUGGCGCCGGCAUGACCUGAUGGAUGGAUGAAUGGUGCCAAAGUGGUCGGGUUCUCUGGUGCUCUCCGUCUGUGCGGCCGUGUUUACCCAUUCUGCGUCCAGGUGGGGCGGUGAGGCCGGCAAUGAAGCUGACCACAGGCUUGUUCUCCUUGUUGUGGUCUGCAGACGGGAGACAGGGAAAGGAGAGAGAUUCCCAUCGGUUUGUUGAUCGUGUGUCGGCCACGGCAUGUACCCUUGAGCCAUGCAGCGGCAUCCUCCUCAGCGCUGCCGCCGAUCUCGCCAAUCAUUAUGAUGCCUGGGCAAACAAAUGCAUGUACAUGCAGCCGUCCACACACACACACACUCCCUGCCUCUGUGAGGUGUGUGUCAGUACCUUUGGUCUGCGGGUCUUCGACGAAUUUUUCGAGGCAGUCGAUGAAGUUGGUCCCGUUGAAAGGAUCGCCCCCUAUGCCUGCACGACAGAGGCACCAACACAACAAGAGGCAACGUCGAUUUUGGCCUCUCUCCUCUCUCCCUCUCUCCCUCCCUCCGUUCUUGUGUGCCCUCCGUGCGUGUGUGUUGCUUCAUACCGACGCAUGUUGACUGUCCCAGCUUGACAGUGGACGUCUGAUUGACCGCCUCGUAAGUCAGUGUGCCGCUGCGGCUCACCACACCUAACCACAAACACAUAGAUAUACCUAACACACAUACACGCAGGCAGGCAGGCAGGCAUGGCGAGCCCGGCGCUCACGGACCGAUGCAUCCUGGAUUGUGGAUGUAUCCCGGCAUGAUGCCGAUUUUGCAUUCUCCCGGCUUGAUGAUGCCCGGGCAGUUGGGUCCGAUGAGUCGGGUCUUGCUCUGCUUCAUGAGAGCGUUCUUGACCUUGACCAUGUCUUGCUGCGGGAUGCCCUCGGUGAUGCACACCACCAACCCUAGCUCGGCCUCCAUCGCCUCCAAUAUCGCCUUGGCCGCGAAACUCGGCGGCACGUAAAUGACCGACGCGUCACAGCCCGUCUUCUCCUUAGCCUGUGGUGGACGAGUGGGCAAAGAAAACACACACGCAACAAUACUCAUCUCAUCCACGUGACAUGACAUCUGUGUGUGGCUGUGUGCUGUGUGGCUGACCUCCUUGACUGAUGCGAAGACAGGUAGCGAGUACUUGUUGUCGUGUGAGUGCCAUGUGGUGCCGGCCUUGGAGGGGUUGACGCCACCCACCAUCUGCGUGCCGUACUCGAGCGCCUGCUCCGUGUGAAACGUCCCCUACCAAUCAUUCCCACAAGACACACACAAGUACACACAACUGAUCACUGCCCGCGUGUGUGUGUGUCUGUGUGUGUGAGUGUGUGUACCUGUUUGCCUGUGAGUCCCUGGCAAAUGACCUUUGUGUUCUUAUCGACAAACACUCUGGCGGUGGAGGAGAAGCGACUGCCCUGAAAUACACGCCAAGGCCGAGCAAGCAAUGAAAGGGUGAUGGUGCUUUUCUCUUCGGGCAUACCGCCCGCAGGAGUGGCGUCACCGAGGCCAUAGACGGCAGUGCUGAGACCGCAGAGGCCGCCUUGGCGGCAAUUUCACGUCUUGCAAACAUCUGCUUGCGAAUACGCAGGAAGCGCAAGGGGACCUCUCCUAUGUUUGUCUGAUUCCCUUACCCCUUCUUCCUCUGCGAGCUAAGCCAAUGGUCUGCGUCG